CCCCGCUGUGUCGGCAUUUACCUGGAACAUGAGCGACGAUGACGCUUCGGCUGGUGCGAGCGACAUUGAAAGUGCCGGUCUGACGACUCCUAUAGGUGGUGAUGAUGACGAGUCGUCGGACGAUGAGCCCCUGAGUGUGUUGAAGCAAGACGUGAAGAAGCGAGUGCGAUCUCAAAUCCGCGACGACGAAGAAGAGUUGGCGUUGGCGGAAAGCGAUUCAGAAGAUGAGUCACGGCGAGAAGACUUUGUACACGAUUACUCCCGGGAAGGAGACCUCGAAAUGGCACCGAUACCUCGGGUAACCUUCCCUUUCCCCAGUUACAUCCGCCAAGUCGCGAGUAAAUUGGAUCACCUUCGGCAUCCUCUCGCAGCGGCACCGUUGCCGUUUCUCACGUCUCAAAACCUGCAACUUGUACUCUCGCGGCAUGCUUCCGUUCCUUCAGCCAAUAUUACCACCCUGGCAUUAGCCGAUAGCACGCUCAAGCAAGUAUCGUCGAAAGAGUUCCCGACGAAAGACACCGUGUCGACCAAACGGCUCAAACUGACUGCCACAUCCCCCGCCUCUAGCACCCACAGCCGCGGCGACAUCUCCAGCAGUGACGACGAAGCGAGCAAGGUCUCACUUGAGGCCACGACAUGAUGCAAAAAUCAAAUUCGAAUCUUCCCUUUCCUUUCCCAA